UGGCUUCUCUACAUCACAGCUAUAACCCCAGCCACCAGAGAACACAAAGACACCACACCUACAAACACACUCCCAGAUUACUCACCACUCCCAGCAAGGGCUCUUUACAUAAACCUAUCCUCAACACAGUGCUCUGGAGGCUGGUCCUAUAAAUUUGGCAAUAGCAAACAGCUGCUGCUUAUAUACACUGGAGAGUUUGAAACAAGAAGCUGCUCCUGUCUGGACACCUGACGGGAGGCCUGGGACAGCCUGGCACUAUGGCAGAUCCCCCUGGCUGCUGCCACCCCUGUGCCACCUGCCUGCUCUGCCUCUACAGCUGCCAGUGGAUCACUGCCAAGAAGGAGAAAAAGAAGGGCCUGCAUACCACCAAGUGUGACUGCUGCUGGUUCCUUUUCCUCUUCUGCGUCUUCCUUUUCACACUGGUGUGGCUCUACUUCUCCAUCAUCAUCCUCAAUGAUUUCCACAACUUCAAUGAGUUCAUCUUCAAGCAGAGGAAGUUGUGGCUAGACUGGUCCCUAGUCCUGCUCAUAACUACGGCUGUGCUCAUCACCUACUCAUCUGUGCUGCUGGUCCUUGCUUUGUGCUUGCAGCUCUGUGGCCAGCCCUUGAAGCUACACUGGCUGCACAAGACCCUGCUGAUACUCACUGCCGUGGUGGUGGCUGCAGCCUUCACAGGGCUGGGAAUAAAGUGGGCGGAGGAAUGGAGAAGUGCACGUAUCUCCUUGCAGGCAACAGGUCCCUUCCUGCACAUUGGAAUUGUGGGGGGAAUGACGCUUCUUGCCUGGCCCCUGGCCAGCUUCAUCUACCACACCAGAAAACCAGGUCUCAAGGUGUUCCUGCUCCUUGUGUACUCAGCAGUGAUGAUCGCCCUGUAUCUGGCUCCAUUGGGAAUCACCUCCCCUUGCAUCUUGGAGGAGGACCAGCUGCCCCUCAAGCCAGCCCUGGUUGGCCACCGAGGAGCCCCCAUGCUGGCCCCUGAAAACACCCUCAUGUCACUGCACAAGGCUGUAGACUGUGAUGUGCAAGUCUUUGAGACAGACGUCAUGGUGAGUGCUGACGGGGUCCCAUUCCUCAUGCAUGAUGACGAGCUCACCAGGACCACCAACGUGCAGGCUGUGUUCCCUGAGAGGGCUGCCCUAAACAGCACUGCUUUCAACUGGACAGACCUCCAGCAGUUGGAUGCUGGCAGCUGGUUCUUGGAGCGGAGGCCAUUUCCCACCGUGCAGAGUCUUUCUGCUGGUGAUCGCUACCAGGCAACUAAGCAGAGGAUCCCAUCCCUGGAAGAGGCACUCGAGGCAGCCAAGCAGAGCAAUAUCUCCAUCAUGUUUGACCUCCGGCCCGAGAACCACAGUGACUACCAGAGCUUUGUCAAUGCCACCCUGGAAGUGAUCUUACAGUCAGGCAUCCCACUACAGCAGGUCCUCUGGCUGCCGGAUGGGUUCAGGGAACAGGUCAAACAGCAAGCCCCAGGCAUCCAGCAAGUUUAUGGUCGGAAGAGACUCCAGAAUGAGAAGGAGCCACUGUUGCGUGUCAAUCUUCCCUACCAAGACAUGAGCUCUGAGGAGAUCAGGCAGUACCGCCAGGACAACAUCUCUGUCAACUUGUAUGUGGUGAACCAGCCCUGGCUCUUCUCUGUGCUGUGGUGUUCUGGGGUCAGCUCUGUCACCACCAAUGCCUGUCAGGUGCUGAAGGAGAUGAAACAACCCAUCUGGCUGCUCCCCAGCAGCACUUACCUCAUGAUCUGGAUUGUUGUAGACUGCGUUUCCUUCCUUGCCAUCCUCUGGGCCUUCCUCUUGAUGAAGAAAUGCUCCCAGAGAAGAUGGCCAGCAGAGUCUGAGACAGAUGUGCUGCUCACAAAGAUCAACAGCUUGAUGCAAGAGUGACCCCUCCAGCCUGCAUCAGCCAUGGGGAGAGGCAGCCAGAGCUCUGCACAGCUCAUAUAAGGAGCACUCCUUCGGACAGCUUCGAGGCUCCUUUCCUCUGCAGUCUCCUUCCUGAGCUUCCUGAUCCCCAUAGCCUUCCUGGCUCCUUUUGCAGUGCACAGCUGCCCUCAGCUGAAAAGACCUGGAACUGGAUUUGCAGUUCCCACUGACAGCUGCAAGGAACUGCAGCCUUUGCAGGGGUUUCCUGGGGCUGGCUUGUGCCUGAGGGCUGAGUAUUUACCCAGCGGUGGGGGGUUAAGGCCAAGACCUCUGCCCUGGGGUUUGGACACUAGUGGGAAUUUGAGUCACUGUGUUGCAGGGGAAGGGCAGCCUUUGCCUGUUAGCAGCAGCUCUGCAGCCAGUGAUGGGGAAACCUUGUUUAAAGUGCUGCUGCCCUGGGGGCUGCCCAGUCCCAUGGCUUGAGGAAUAGGAAGGGAGGUGCGGGAGAGGGGAGGGUGGCUUCUCACAGAAUGGAGAGGGGCUGUGCUCUCCCCUCCCCCAUGCUGGACACAACUCCUGCGCUUCCUGGCUUGAUGCUUGCGGGCCAGGGUGCUGGGACCCCAUCCAGCAGUUAGCGCCUGUUGCUCUGGGGAAAAAGGGAGCUGGGGGUGGAGGGUGUUUGGAGCUGGCAGGACCACGGUCACACUCCUGCUGCUGCUGCAAGACUGCGGAGGUGGACGAGGGAGGGGAGCGGGGGAGGGGAGUCAGUGUCAGUCCCUUUGCAGCAGGACCUUGAACUUGGAAAGGGAGAUCGGGUCAGUCUUAGCUGUUCCUACCUAUUUAUGUCAAUAAAGCAGCGAAGCGGUAGACAGACACCGAAGGGAUGCUGAACGGGCAGUGGGAAUUCUGACCAGAUACCAAAGCACCCUGCAAUCCCCAGAGGAGCAGGAGCUAAAAGCCUCCAUUGGAAAAAUCUCACACAUCUUCCAAAGUGAACUCUUCCAGGCUCUGCUGGAUAUCCACGAAUUCUACGACUUCACACUGCAUUCUGCACCCCUGCAGACUCCCAGCUCGGACACCAGUCACAGCACAGCCAGGCAGCAGGAUGAGACCAGCGAACCCAGCUCCACGAUCACAUCCAGAGAGCCCCAAAACCUCCCUGAGAAUCGGUCCCGGGAUGGUGAGCAGAGGCUUCCUGCAGGGGCUGGGGACGGCGUGCCACGGACGCCACCGCGGCUGGUGAGGGUGACAGCACGGAGGACAGAGGCACCGGCCAGUGUCUGCAGCCUGGUGCUGGGCUCUCACAGCACCCUGCCCCAGGUGAGCCUCUGUGUGCCCCACACCACAUCCCAGCCUGCCAGCCCGGCCAGCAGCUGGCACUGAGGGGGCACCACCGGGACCAUGUGCCUGUAGCACCUUGGGGACGGUGCCAGGGAAGCAUUUUCCUACCCUGGGACUGGCAGUGUUUCCUCAUGGCCAUUCUGGUGAUGCUCAGGCUAAGAAAUCUAGCAGUCACCUGUGCCAGGGGCUGGACAACACCAAAAUCUCCCCCUUGCGUUAGCAUUUACCACAGCCUGGUGUCAGCCCUCAGGGCUCAGAGGGCACAUGGAUAUGGCUCCGAAAUAAAGAGGCUGUGCAGAGCUGGAAAUCCUCCCAGUCCCAUCCCUCUCACCCCCAGCGCUGGCACAAUCCCAUGUUGCAGAUUUCUGUACUUUUUUAUCUCAGCUUUUAAAUGGCAGGUCCAUUCCUCAGCUUACCGGGAGCUUUUCUCUGCUGUCUUGUUUACCUGGAAACACCAUUUUUUUGGAUAUGCAUCAUAAAUCUCAGCUUCCUCCUUUUGUCAGUGCAUCAUUUGGGCUUCGCAUUUGAGGGGAGUUCUAGGGACGAGCAAAGGGAGGGAUGAUGUGGCUGGGUUGGAUGGAGCUCAUUGAAGAUAUAAAGUUAUAUGAAAAUGUUGUUUUCCAUGGCAUAGUUUGAAAUAAUGCUUGUUUGCUAAGUCAAAAUCUUCUUCCAAAAUAUUUUAAAUACAAAAAUUGCACUGCUUCUUUUCUCUCCUUUUUAAAUGUUUCUCUUCUUAUUCUGGACUGCAAUAAAAUGGGUAACACCCCA